CGGUAAGAGCCUUCCCGCCCCGGGAGCCAGCGCCGGGAGGGGAGCCGGCUCUGCCCGCCCGGCCCCAUCCUGCCCGGCUGCUUCCCCAGCGUGCGGCCGGGGCGGCGAGGGCGGCGGGGAAGCCAUCUGCAACGCGGCGGCGGCGGAGGGGUUAAGUGCGGGAUCAGCUGUUCUCAUGUCAUUACGGAUUCUCUUCAUUUUAUACAGAGCUCUGUUUGAUGUCUGAAUGCACAGGGGACUCCCCCUCCUCCUCCAACUCCCACCCCUUUUAUUUCGCUCCCGAGCCCUCUCUCCUUCCUCCUCCCCUUCCUUUCUCUCCCGCUCCGCUCUGGCUCACGCACACCCUUUGCAGACCGUGCGCUCAGUGCCAGUGUCUAAUGGCCCCGAAGUGAAGAGCCAAGCGCUGCUCCGGCGGCGGCGCGGCCGGCCUGCCGCAGAUGAACCCUCCUAACUAGCGCCGAGGGGUCGGGAGGGACGGCGAGCAGGGGAGAGCCCGAGGGGCCAGCCGGGAAGACGAGGAUAGCGGUGGAUAGCGGUGUGCGGAAGAGGACGGACCCGCGAACAGCUCCACGGCUACCUGUCGACACAUGCUGUGCUCCAUGGCUAACUCGGGCUGCCUCCUUGUCUCCAACUCAGGCAUGCUUCCUCACUCUCUCCCCUGUCCUCCAGCCUUCCUCUACCUCCAACAGGGUAACCAGGACGCCACGGCCCCACCGGACGCGAUGGCCCAGCCCUACCCCCCCGCCCAGUACCCCCCGCCCCCCCAGAACGGCAUCCCCGCAGAGUACGCGCCGCCGCACCCGCACCCCACGCAGGACUACUCGGGGCAGAGCACGGUCCCGGAGCAUGCCAUGAGCCUCUACACACCAGCACAGAGCCACCCCGAGCCGGCGGGCAGCGACGCCAGCACACAGUCCAUAGCAGGGACACAGACGGUACCGACAGACGAGGCGGCACAGACAGACAGCCAGCAGCUACACUCCUCAGACACCACAGACAAGCAGCAGCCCAAGAGGUUACACGUCUCCAACAUUCCCUUUCGAUUCCGGGACCCCGACCUGCGGCAAAUGUUUGGGCAAUUCGGGAAGAUCCUGGACGUGGAGAUCAUUUUCAAUGAGCGGGGCUCCAAGGGUUUUGGGUUUGUAACUUUUGAAACUAGCACAGAUGCCGACCGGGCACGGGAGAAGCUGAAUGGCACCAUCGUAGAGGGCCGGAAGAUUGAGGUGAACAACGCCACGGCCCGUGUCAUGACCAACAAGAAGGUGGCCAACCCCUACACCAACGGCUGGAAGCUGAACCCGGUGGUGGGAGCAGUCUAUGGCCCCGAAUUCUACGCAGUAACGGGGUUCCCGUACCCCGCCACGGGGACGGCCGUGGCCUACCGAGGGGCACACCUACGGGGCCGGGGACGUGCCGUGUACAACACCUUCCGUGCCGCGCCGCCGCCGCCGCCCAUCCCCACCUACGGCGCGGUCGUCUACCAGGAUGGGUUCUACGGAGCUGAGAUCUACGGGGGCUAUGCUGCCUACAGGUACGCCCAGCCCGCAGCAGCAGCAGCCGCGUACAGCGACAGCUACGGCAGAGUGUACGCAGCAGCAGACCCCUACCACCACACCAUCGGCCCCGCCGCCACAUACAGCAUUGGCACCAUGGCUAGUCUAUACCGAGGAGGGUACAGCCGCUUCACUCCCUACUAGCAAGACAGACCCAGCCCCCCCACCACUGCCCCCGAUGCUCACUAGCACCAAACCAAACCAGGCAGACAGAGCCGAGGCCGAGCCUGCGGAGGAGCCGCGGGUGCUGCCCGGGUGGCCGGGGCUGGCGCCGGGCUCUGUGGGGCCGCAGCACCCACACCCAUAGGGUUACCUCAGCCGCUCCGUCUCUCCUGCAGCAUCCGCCCGCCCUGGGGGCCGCGGGGCCAGCCCUGAGCCCCAGCAGCUCCCCAUUCCCACAACUGGGGUGCAGGGUCCCCCCCUGCCCUGGCUGGGCUGCACAGGGUUCAUCCCCUGCAGGGCAGGCGGGGUGCUCAGCCUGCAGGGAUGCUCGCUCCGCAGGCACUGGGGCUUGGGGUGACAGCCGCCCCCCGAGCAGCCCCUCUGCCCCCGUAGGAGAGAGAGGAGCCGGCGGGGGUUGCUGCCAGCUGUGCGGCGAGGCUGGUGUUGUUCGGGAUCCUGGGGCAGCCUUCUGGGCAGGUGUGAUGGGCUGGGCUGGCUGCAGAGCUGGGUGUGAUGGGCUGGGCUGGGACGGUGCCUGCGUGCCCCCGGCCGCCAGCUCGGCCUGAGUGCUCCAGCGAAAGACCUGCCUCUCUUGUUUCUGUUGUAGUGAACCCGUGGCCGUUUCCUUCUGGGACCAGGAAGGGCAAAAAUAUCCACACACACACACA